AGAGGAAAAUGUCUGUUCUCUGGGUAUUACAAGAACCCUGAACUCACUGAAGAAGUCAUGAAAGACGGAUGGUUCCAUACAGGAGAUAUAGGUGAGAUUCUUCCAAACGGAGUACUAAAGGUCAUUGAUCGUAAGAAGAAUCUGAUCAAACUCUCUCAAGGAGAAUAUGUAGCUCUCGAGCAUUUGGAAAGCAUCUACGGACAAAACCCCAUAGUCCAAGAUAUAUGGGUUUACGGAGACAGCUUCAAAUCUAUGCUCGUCGCUGUGAUUAUUCCCAAUCCAGAAAUCCUAAACCGGUGGGCAAAAGAUCUCGGUUUGACUAAACCAUUCGAAGAACUCUGUUCUCUCUCGGAGAUACAAGAACACAUAAUUUCAGAAUUGAAGUCCACGGCAGAGAAGAACAAGAGUAACAAGUGUUGA